AUGAAGUUAAAUGAUGAAUGCCUUGAUUCCUUGAAAUUUCGCGCCUUCUGGGAAAAGGAAACUAGGCCUUCCAUAAUGAGAUUUUUAACGUACCGACUCCUAUCAAGUGAGUUGGAGGAUGAAGAAACCGAGCAUAGUUGCUAUAGUAGUGAACUGCACAAAAUCAGUUUGCAUUAUCCCGACGCGAAUUCCGAUAUUGGACGGAAAGUAGCCAAGUUGAAACGAACUUUUAAGGCAAGUGUUCUUAUUAUACGGACAAUUCCAAAGAUAAUGCUGUGCAGCACCGUCAUCAACUACCCUGCUGGUUGCGGCCUGCAGGGAAACCCGAUAAGUUCCCUCACUUCUCUAUCUGUUUGCAAUCCAUACAAGAAAACCAAAAAUUCGAAACAGAUAAAGCAGUUCUGGGAGCUCCAUAUGGCGAAGGAAAGAGCAGCUUUGGAAAACCAAGCAACAAAAACGAUAUCCGAAUUACAAAUCAACACUCUGUUACAUAAAGAUACAGUUACCCAUUCCACUGCAGUCUCAGAACUUGCACGGAGUAAGAUUACAUUUGCGGUCCAGGAAUUAGAUCCACUUAAUAUUAAUGACAGUGAAGUCCUCAAUGCACAACUAAAACGCAAAUCUGCAAGUGACAGCCCUUGCAUGUUUUGUUUAUCAGUUCAAGAAAUUUUACUUCAUAAUAGAUACUUGAUCCAUGCCAAACAAAAAAAAGACCUUGCAGUGAUUCCACAACUCUGCAGGCAUCAUCACCAUUCCAAACAAGUGAUGUUUGGUCUGAUGACAAUGCUGAGUCCCAUUUUUGCUGACCCUGAUCAUGAUGUCUUUUUGCAAUGGUCUAACAAGGAGGCACCUGAAUCCAAAGCAAGGAAAUUGACAGGUCGUGCAAAGCAACCUGAUGCCAUUAUAAGCAAUGUUGACCAGUUGUCUUGGGGUUCCAGUAGGGGACAUGGUGAAGCUAAAGUGCAGGAAGAGGUGGACAACCUCUACAGCCUUUGCACUGAUCUUAUCUGGAUUGCUGUGUUUAAUAAGGAUGCUAUUGACUUUUAUAACAAGGACUGCAUGCUUGGAUUUCAAGUCAUCGGGUCACACAUCACAUUUUACCUCUCCACUCUUUUAUAUGACAGUCUGUAUGUUAUGGUAGAGAUUGGUCAUCUCAAUGUGCCCAUGUCACUUGAGCAGCUGCCUGCCUUCAUCACCAGUCUUGACACACUUCUUGUUGUCUCCAAUGCAUUCUGGACUAAUUGUGCUAUGUCCCACCCUGUUGCAGAAAUGGAACCAAACAAGCGCAAUACCCUUGCAACACCAAACUUUAAAGAGCUAAUUGCAAAAAGCCGUGAUCGACAUCGUCCAUGUCAAUUAUGA